AUGUUCUCAAUAGGAGUCUCCGGGCCAGCCAAGCUGCAAGCUGUUACUACCCUCGUUAACAAGUUGACUGAGGACCUUAAGAGCAAAAGUCUCUCACCAGAAGAACGAGACAAGGCCCUAGAGGAGCUCAAGGUUUAUGGUCGAGACCCUAGAAAUGCGGACCCAAUCUUCACCAAGGAGGGCAUUGAGACUCUUACGAAACAUGCAUUCGACUCUUCGUCAGAAACAACUUCUCGAAAUGCUCUGCGUGUUCUCUGCAACGCCAUGCUCCUCAAACCCGAAACACGACAGAGAUUCGUCGACCUAGGCUAUGAGUCCAAGGCCUGCGAAAAGCUCAAGAACGACAACUGGGAUGACGAGUUCUUGGCUACCCGAGUCAUCUUCUUUUGCACCUACGGCACCAGCGUUGACCUCAACAAACUUAUCGAUGAGUAUCAACUCGCAGAUAGUAUCGUUAAGAACCUCUCCCGACACGCUACCAGAAUCUCCGAGCAUGCCAAGAACAAGACCAAGGCAGACCCAAUGGAGCUCAUGGCCCUGGGAGAGACACUACGUCUCCUAUUCAACGUCACCAGCAAAUGUCCAUCCAAGACCGACUCUUUCACCGCCGCCGUCCCGCAUAUUGUGACCCUUCUUCUCAGCCUGGAUAUCCCACCAAAGGGGACACCACCGCUCGAAGCUCCCCUCGGUCCUCUGGUCAAUGCGACCAUGAACCUCAAGCUCGACUCCGAGGAGACACGGUCAUGCCUCUAUCCCAAGGACGCACCCUCCAGUCUCGCCGAAAAGCUCAUCAAACUUCUCGACCUUUCCCUCAAAGCCUACUCGGACCAGGAACUCGACGCAACCGUCACCCCUCUAGUCUGCCUCAUCUCCUCCAUCUACGAAUAUGCGCCAGCCGACUCCCCCGUUUGCGAUACGAUCCGGAAGAGCCUUCUCCCCUCAGAAGAGGAGCGCACCAAGGUUCUCGGCAAAGGCGACACCCUCCCCGCCAGACUUCUGGUGAACAUGACCAACCCCAUCGCUCCCGAGUUCGCCAAGGCCGUUUCCCACCUGCUGUUCAACGUGUCGGACAAGGAUGCCCACAAGUUUAUCGAGAACAUCGGUUACGGUUAUGCGUCUGGCUUCCUCUUCCAGAACAACAUUCCCAUCCCAGAAGGGCUAGGAGGCGACGACGAGAAGGGCGAAAGUUCCAAGGCCGGUCAGAGCAGCAAGAGGGCCGUCAAUCCCAUUACUGGCCAGUUCUUGGAUGCUGAGACUUUCCCGGAUAUGCCCGAGAUGACGAUGGAGGAGAAGGAGCGAGAGGCUGAGAGACUUUUUGUCUUGUUUGAGAGGGCGAGGAAACUGGGCAUCGUCAAUUCUAACCCUGUUGAAAAGGCGGUUCAGGAGGGUCGGUUCGAAGAGCUGCCGGACGACUACGAAGAGGAUUCGGACUGA